UCUCAAACUUGCGCGCGGAGCGGUUUGAGCCACCUGGAUUGCUCGUGGAAAACGCGGACUCCGGAGCCACACCCCCAGGUUUUCAGGCUGGGCUUCAAGGGUGGAGAGCGCAGGAAAUCCGCGUUUUCAACUCCAUUCGGCGAUUGGGCUUCUGUUGGUCUGAGAAACCGUAAUGCGGACGAUUCGUGGAUUUUCUUGAUUACAAAUGGAUGAUAAAAGGUUUGAAGAAUAUACAAAAAGUACUCUGAUAAUGAUAGUGCUAAUGAUGGAGAAGAAAAGCCAAUAUAAACCAUGCGCAAGUUCAAACAGCGAAGAAAACUAAAAGCCCGAGCCAAAAGAUUAUUCAAAAAAAAGGAACCCUCUCACAUUCAAUCCAAGCUAAUUAUAUCCCCCCCUCCACCACCCUCACCUGAAAGAGUGGUUAUUUCUUCAAUAGAUAUACCCCUUAACAGAAGCUGGUUAAGAUCAUCCUGGAACUUCAAAUUUCCCAGCAUCAAGGAUGCAAAAAAACUUUGGGUAAAUAGAGUAUGGUCUCUAUACAACUGGUGCCAGAACUGCAUAGCCCAGAGUUUAGAAUUCGUCAAAGAUGCUAUCCUUCCAUCUCGUUUCUGCCACCGAGAACUUCACAGUCUCAAACAACGGUUUUGCAUUUUGGAAAGUGAAUUAUGCAAACUCCAGGAAGCACUGAAGACCAUCUCAGAAUCUCCCUGUUCAACCUGUGGUCAAACGUGUCACAUGAGUGGUAAACUCACAAAUGUUCCUGCCAAUGCUGUAACCAUCCCUGGAGAAUCCUGCACUGUACUUCCUCCCACCCUGCCACAGUCAACAAGCCUUCCUCCUCCUCCACCUCCACCACCUCCACCUCCUCCUCUCCCUCCUCCUCCAGCACCUAUAGCACCUUUGCUGCUCAGAAAAUCCAAUCUCACCAAAGCACUUCAGGCCGGACCAUUAAAAAAAGAUGCACCAAUGCAGAUAACAGUUAAAGAUUUACUUACUGUGAAAUUAAAGAAGAUACAGAAUUUUGAUGAAAGGAAAAAGCUUGUAACAUCACCGAAGGCACGGAGUCCACUAGUUACUGUCUCUGACCUGCAACAGGUUACUCUGAAACCCAACUCCAAAGUGUUAUCAACUCGAGUUACAAAUGUCUUAAUUACUCCUAGUAAAAGUCAAAUAGAUCUGCGGAAACUACUUAGGAAAGUCAAUGUGGAGAGAAGCCCAGGUGGAACACCACUUACCAAUAAAGAAAAUAUGGAAACAGGAACUGGACUGACCCCAGUAAUGACCCGAGCCUUGAAGAAAAAGUUUCAACUGGCUCAUCCUAGAAGUCCAGCUCAAACUCUGCCACUCUCUUCGAGCAACUUUGACCAAUAAGACCGAUGCCAACUCUGCUGGAUUUCAUCUGAUGAUCCAUAAAAUAUACACAUAAAAUAUUUACAAUCCUUUUUUAAAUUAGUAUGGUAUGUAUAAAUAAGUAUACAAAUACAUCAUUCCUUUUGAAGAAUUAAGGAGGUGAAAUGGAAAAAUGCAAUCCCCAAAUUGAUGGUUAACCUGGAAUUACCCAGUUUGAAUUGCAGAGUUUGUUCAAAUUUAACUAGGUAAAUCUAGUUUGUGCUCUGUAUGUAUAUUUAUGACAUUAAGAAAAUAAUGUUCCCAUUCAUCUUGGGUAUUCUUGGGUAAUUCAGAAGCAAAGUAUUUCAGUAUGUAAAGCUCAUGUAUUCAUUAAGUGCUAUAAAUUUGAUCAGUACAAAAGACACUCCAUAUUUGAUUUCUGUUCACCAUAGACAAUUAAGAAGUAAGACUAUCCCCUAUCCAAUCCAACUAUUUUCCAAAAGAAUUUGAAGCAAAAGCUUCAUUGAGGCCUUAGAAUGUAUCAUUUCUAGUAUUUCAGGUAGGUAGUUAUAUCUGAUUCACUACUCUGAGAUAUUCCCUACUUGUAAAUUUGCUGCCCACACUCUUGAAGCUAAAUACAGAUUUCAUAAAGAACUCAACAUAAACCCUGUAUUUCCCACAAUGUUCUAUGAAUGAUUCUCUGAGGUUUAUAAGUAAGUUUACUAUGAGACCUGAUUCCCUGUCCUUACCAACCUGUCAAUUCAGAAACAGUAAUAUAAUAAUGCACACAUCACUGGAUUUUGUUCUUUCCUGCCAGUCCAGGAUUGCCAGAUUUAGUAAAUAUAAAUACAUGACACCAGUCAAAUUUGCAUUUCAGAUAAACAACAAUAAUUUUCAAGUAUAAAUAUAUCCCCAUUAAACAAUGAAAAGUUUUUUGUUUUUUCUAGCAUUAGUAUGUUCUAACUACUUCAUGGGACAUACUUACACUUUAAAAGAUGUCCAUUAUUUAUUUUAAAUUCAAAUUUAACUGGGCAUCCUAUAUUUAAUUUUAUAAUCCUGUCAGUCAGUCCCCUACAAAGUUGCCAAGUAUUCCUGGGAGUACCCAAUUUGUCAGAUAUGUCCACCUAGCACUGAAUACUACUAUUACUUCUGCUAGGAUCCCCAUCACUAAUGUGCUGGGUUGCUUAGAGGAGGAGUAACUCUCAUUAGGGUGAGAGUGACUGAAAGUACAGAAUUAGCUUUGAUUCUGAUAACGUCACCUAUAGGGAUAGCAAUGCCUCAUAGUUAGGAAACAGAGCUUUUCGAGCUUAACUAAACCUUCUGGCUUGAUAUGAAACACAUGAUGCACAGAUGAUAUUCUUGAAAUAUCCCUCAUUAGCUUAGGUUGAAAAGAUAUUUUAGGGCAUCCCUGGUAGCUUAGGGUUUUAAGUCUCAGUGCUAUCACUGCUAUGGCCUGAGUUCGAUCCCUAGGCAGGGAGAUAACCCACAUGGCACAGAAGACCUCUCCUGUCUCACCCUCUGCUCCCCUUAGCAGUGUCUUUCAGUAAAUCUGCCUCUUCUGCUCUCCACUCUGUCUCUGGUGAAUCCUCUCACACACGCCCCACCCUCCCUCCCCAAUGACCGGCGGCCUACACCCCAGUUCUUCUACAUGAAAAUUAAAAAAAAGAUAAUUUAGCAAUUUCCCAGAAACUGUCUACAUUUCCACAGAUAAUACUGCUUUAGAUGCCAAAUACAGUGUUAUGGAAAGUCACCAGUCUAGAAAGCAGACCUGGAGACAAUGUCUUGUUUUCAUGAGAUCCAUGGUAAUGUUUACAACACCUUGAUGAAUGAAAAUGAAAUUAAGAUUCAUCUGCUUUGAGUAAAAGUGUUAAAGAACCUGCUAGCUAUUUUUAAUUAUGUAAGAAUAAAAGGAAUGAUUGCUGAGAAUAAAUCAGUUGAAUAUUUGUAACAAUAUUUUAUAGGACACUUACAGUGUUUAUAUUAGUAAGCCAACAUGUACUGUAUCAAUUGAAUUUAAAUAAUUUGAUCAUUCUUGUUCAAUGAAGUUUGUUUUAAAAGAUGCUAUAGAAACCCUAUAGAUAAACAUACAUAAAGCUGCUAUUGCCAUUGUACCAGUAUUAACCUAUGUUCUACCUAGUAUCUUUUAUUAAUUUUUAUGUCAUAUUUCAUACUAUAUCCAUUUGGGAAUCCUAUCAUGCUACAGUUUUAUUAAACUAUAUUUGAUCAUUUGCUUCCAAUGUUUGAGAAUUAAUGACAACCAGAGACUAAAAACAACA